GAUUCAUAGUAUUCAUCUAUUGGAAAUUUGACCUCCUGUUUUCUGGAAGUAUUCAGUGCCUCGCAGCUGAACAGAGGGAUUAUCAUUUCUGUUCAGGGGCCAUUGUUUACAAACUGAUAAGAGAGAGUGGGUCUAUUGAAAAGGCGCUCUUGAGCUCAAGAAAUGAAAGUUUCCAAGCAGGAACCAAGAAAUCCGUCGUCAAUGAUAUGCAGGUAAGGAAAUUUAAGGUUCUAAUCUCCAGGCUGUCACGGCUGUCAGAAUGGGUGUUCAAUCGGCAAGGUCGAUCAAUUUCCCGUUCCCUGUCCUGCCCAACGCCGCCAUCACCCCUUUUUUUGCAACAACCUACCACACACGCCUUCUCUUGAAAUCAACAGCAAAGUUCCAACAUUGACACACUAUUACUAUACUAGCUCUAACUAUAUCGAGACGAUGGAUCUAUUGGGGCUGUCUGAGAAAAGCCCUGGAGCCAGAAUUUUAAGUGUGCAGCUGGAGGAGAAAGCCAAGUGACUUUGCUAAAUUGUAGACUUAUGUGGUCAGCACACCAUCCCUGAAACGGUCACAGACUUGCAAACUCUAAGCCAGUUUCAGCCAGGAAGGAUUCAUUCUUUGCAACUCCCAGCAUGCAUCAAGGAACGGAGGUUAUAAAGUCCCAGCAGAUAUCAGCCACAUGCCUCAAAGCGCAGCCAUCAGCCAAUAUUCGUUUCUCGUCAGUUCAAAGAUUUUCACUUCUUUUCUCGCCCGGUUCUAUUCUCUCCUCCACAGUCUGAUAAUCUUACCCUGCCUAGGAACCUAGAUACUGGCCCUUAUGUAUCAGCACCUCAGGAUCUGAGACCCAUGAUAAAAGACUGACAGACAUUUCAAUCCGGCGCUAACGAGAGAGGGGUGAUGACUCUCAAUCUCACCAGGAACUUCUUGCUUCUAGCAAGUAUUGCCACGAAGAUUGGUGCCUCGCCACAAAGGCAUUCGGGUUGGGCCUCACCGGACCCCACCGGCACAAAAACACAAGAUGGACUAGAGCAUCUUCGGAUAUCGCAUAAGCCUACGGAUGCCCCGAUCCUGGCCACAUCACGAGAGUUGCGUCGCGGGGAUGAUGAUGCUGGCGUCUGCGGUUACUUCGACAACCCCGCUAUUCCGGCUUAUCACUGCCUUCCAUACGAAACAUGCACCAACAUCGGCAACUAUCGCGCGUGUUGCCCCAAGGGAGAUUGGUGCGCAGAUUUAGAUUCUCACCACACAGCAUGCGUGGAUUACACCCAUGCCGCGUGCCUCUAUCCAACCCCAGGCACGUUAUGUUGUAAUGGCGAAGACGGUUAUGGCUAUUGCCGGCAAUACCACUGGUCAACAUCUGCAACACCGAAUCGAACCUUCACGGUCUUUGCCUGCAUGCCAGGGAAACACACCGAUGUUGGCACGCUCUUACCCACCCCGCCCUCGGGCUCCAGUCUCCCCACCGAAUCAUCGAACGAUCCCAGCUACGAGGACUUGCUACGUUUCGGAGGCUCUACAUUCUCAUCGACGUCAGACACGCCAUCAAGCAAAAGCGAAACACCAGUGGGGGCCAUUGUGGGAGGGGCUAUUGGGGGUCUGGCCGUCAUAGGAGCAGUCAUUGUCGCCAUCUUCUUCAUGUUCUUCCGCAGCAAGAAGCAGGUGAUUGAGGCGAAAUCAGGGCCAGGAUCGUCGACAUCAUUGUCGGAUCAUGAGCAGUCGGUUGACCUGCUGCCUCAACAGUCACCGAUUGCUAGGACAUGGAGACCUUCUUCUAUAUCCUAUGCACCCCCACUCUCGGGUCCGGGGUUCACACUGCCGAAUCCCAAAGCAACAAGCACGAUUGUGUCACCCGAGAGCGAAGACGACUCGCUAGAACAACAACAUCAACCGUUAAUGUCGAUGCGGGGACCAAUGAGCCCUGUCAAUGCUGUUCCGGUCGAGAUCGGAAAGGCCAAGGAGUCUCCUAUUGAACUGGCUGAAACGUGCGGACACUAUGAGCUUGCGUCGCAUCCUGUCAAGUGAAAUCGAAGUAGUGUGGCAUAUGGGUUUAUAGCGAGUCCAGAUAUAGGGUACAGUAAUACAGUGUAUUUUCUGAUAGAAAAGAUAAGCGAACUGGAAGAAACCCAAACCUACACAGAACCUUCUUAUACCACAAGAGCUUAUCCGUGGGUCAAGGGCUGGAGACCCGUGUAAGUUGAAAGGGACUUUACUGGUCAGCGGCAAGGUUUCGUUUGCAGAAAACGCUUUUGUUGACUCUGAUGAACAGC